AUGUGUGGGGGAGUUAGUACCAAUAUUCAAGCUUUAGAUGAUGAAGUGAACAUUCUUAAGGAAAAACUUGAGGAAAGUAACCUUGUUAUAGAACAAUUAAGUAUACAACUGAGUGAAUUUGAGAUCAACCAGUUUUCAUAUGAAAAAAUCAAGGAAGACUCCAAAGCUAUGCAGUUUUAUACUGGAUUUCAGAACAAGGGAAUAUUUGAAUCUGUUUUCCUUUAUCUUGAAAAAAAGGCAGAAAAAUUACAGUAUUGGAGAGGUCAAAGUGAGGUUUCUGAAACAAAACUGUACCAGUCCAAAGGCAGUAAACCUGGACAGAAAAGAAAGCUGAGUUUGAAAGAAGAAUUUUUCAUUGUUUUAUUACGUCUGAAAGUUGGACUGUUUGUGCGGGAUAUUUCUGAACGUUUUAACAUUUCACAGGGUCAGUUCUCCAAAGUAUUUACAACCUGGGUUAACUUUCUCUAUCACGAGCUUCCAAUCAUGUUCCCUUUUCCAUCCAGAGAGCUCAUUAGAGAAAAUCUACCAGAUUCUUUCAAACCAUAUCCCUCAACUAGAAUCAUCUUAGAUUGCACAGAAGUAUUUGUCGAAGUGCCAUCAGCAAUGCUAGCACAAUCGGAGACGUGGUCUAACUACAAACAUCACAAUACGUACAAAGUACUUGUAGGUGUAAGUCCCAACGGAGUUGUCACGUUUGUAUCGGAACUAUGGGGUGGUAGAGUUUCUGACAAAAUGAUUACCAAAGAAAGUGGGGUGCUGGACUUGCUGGAGUCUGGGGACAAUGUUAUGGCAGACAGGGGCUUCGAGAUUGCUGACAUUCUUCCUGCUGGAGUAGCUCUGAAUAUUCCGCCAUUCAAGGGAAAUAGGAAGCAGCUUUCAGCAAAGGAAGUGGACGACACUAUGAAUAUUGCUGCUGUUCGAAUCCAUGUUGAGCGUGCAAUAGGCAGGAUUAAGAACUACCAUAUUUUAGAUGGAGUGUUGCCAUUAAGUUUGAAGCAUAUUAGUAGCCAGAUGUUUUUGGUUGUAGCAUACUUGACCAAUUUCUUACCACCAUUAGUGCCCCCUGGAAAAUCUUAA